AUGAACAUUAGUGUUUUUGAAGAGGGAUAAAUAUGGAUGAAUUGGUAUGAAUAAAACUCAAUGGAUAUGAUUUGGUAAGUUUAGGAUAAAGGUAAUUUAUGGUUGGGAAGCUUGAUAGCGGCUCAAAAAAUUGAGUAAUUACAAGAAUAAAAUAUAAAAGCUGUGAUAACAAUUGCGGAAGGCACUAAAUUAAAAUACCCUGAAACUCUAAUUCCUGAACAUCUCGUUAUAAACGCUUAAGAUGUAGAAUCAUAUGAUAUAAAAUAGCAUUUCGAUGAAUGCAUUGAGUUUAUUGAAAGAAAUAUUAACUAUGGAAGUGUUUUGGUACAUUGCAUGGCAGGCGUUUCUAGAAGUGCAUCGAUUGUCAUAGCGUUUUUAAUGAAAAUAAAUAGAUGGAAUAUGGAAAAGGCUUACAAACAUGCUCACUCUAAAAGAAAGCAAGUAAGUCCUAACUAUGGAUUUCUGAAAUAGUUAAGAGAUUUUGAGUACGACUUAAAACUUAAUGAUUGA